AUGAAGACAGAUGAAGACGAAGACCAGAGUCCCACGCUGCUGGCGCUGGCGCUGGCGCUGGCGCUGACGCUGACGAUGGCUGGCAGGAAUGCCGCAGCUGCUUCUGCUGCUGCCUCUUGUAAGGCAGACCGGCGCUCGCUCGUCUCCGGCGGGGACGCCUGUUGCCGCCAGCAACAAGUCGCGCCGGGCCGCCCCGACCGGCGGCCGCCGGUGGCGCCGGCUGGUGGCGAGACUUGGCGCCGGGUGGCGUCGCCCUCCCCUCCCCUCCCCUCCCCUGGGCAGUGGGGUAGGGGAGGGGGCGUCGGCGGCGUCGGCGUCGGCGGCGGCGGCGGCGGCGGCGCGGGGCUGGGCCAGUGGCAGUGGUGUCCGCGCGAGCAGCCACUCGGGGUCGCUUCUGGCAGCGGAUGCGGCCAAUUGCGCUCCGCGUCCGAGCCCAGAUACAAGCGGUCCAGCCGCAGCAGCAGCCAGCAGACAGACAGCCCCCGGCGGCCGUCGCUGCGAGACCCGCAGCACGCAGAGCCGGGCUCUGGAAACUCAAGGUCGCGCAGCUAA